AUAAAACGCGGCGCGGCGCGGGGGCCCUGCCCGCAGCCAUGCAGAGCGCGGCCCCCGCCCCGCCGGCCCUGCACCUCCUCACCUCCUACUUCAUCGACAGCAUCCUGGGCCGGGGCCCCGCCGCGGGCCGGCACGGUGAGGGGCGGCGGGGAGCGUGGCACGGUGAGAGGCAGCGGGGUCGCUCCACGCCCCCAGCCCCGGUAAGUCCCCGGUUGUCUCCCGCAGGCGCGGAACGCGCGGAGACGCCGCGGCCCGGCCGAGCGCGCAGCCCCGCGGAGGAGCCGCAGGCGGAGGAGCGCCCGCCCGGCUCCGAGGCACCGGGUCCGGCCAAGAGGAAGCAGCGGCGGUACCGCACCACGUUCAGCACGUUCCAGCUGGAGGAGCUGGAGCGCGCCUUCUGCAAGUCCCACUACCCCGACGUGUUCACCAGAGAGGAGCUGGCCCUGCGCCUUGACCUGACGGAAGCCCGGGUGCAGGUCUGGUUCCAAAACAGAAGGGCAAAGUGGAGGAAACGUGAAAAAAAUGAAAUUCUGGGGACUGUUCCGGGAAUCUCCUUAACACACCCACUUGGUCUAUUUUUGGAUGUUCCACUGAGUCAUUCUCCCCUCCUAGAUCACACGUGGAGGUCAAUGCCUCUUUCAACAUUGGCUGUGCCAUCCAUGUCCCCAGCUUUCAGUCCUUCAACCUUAGGGCCAUUUGGCCUCAGCAGUCUUACAUGGACUUCCCUCUUCAGAAAUCCUAUAUUAAAUCCACAUUUUGGAAGGUUUCUCAAUGCUUUAAAUCCUCUCGUGACAACAGCUUCAGUACUAAUGAAAGCUCCUGGACCCCCGUCAGACCCUGUUCUCACUGCCUUCACUGAUCCAGCAGCAGUUGAAAGGAAAACGUCAAGCAUUGCAGCACUAAGACUCAAAGCGAAGGAACAUUCAGCACAAAUCCCUCAAUUAAACCUCAUCUCCAGUCUUACAAACACUAACAAAGAACUUUGUUAGGAGCUCUCCCACAGACUACAGCCACGGAGGGGAAAGUGAAUGCCUUCUCCAAUAAGUAGCUCUCAUUAGAGAGACACAUUUAAAAAAAGAAAACACACACACACACAGAGCUCUAUUUCCUGCAGCUUCAGUAACAGACUGAAAGGAAAUAAACCUGCUAAACAUUGUUUUCCUGCAUUACAACACAAAAUCAGGUGGUAAAUUGGCUUGUAUAAUUUCUUGCACAGCAGAAACAGAAGCAGGAACUAUCUCAUCAUUGUAAAUCAGGCUAACAUGUAUGUGAAGCUUUGAAAUCACUGAACUCACCAGAAGAUAGUCCAAAGGCUCCAAAUUCUUUGUAGGAGUAACCACUUUUCUAAGCAAGUCUUAACUUCUCAGGAGGAACUCUUACAUGCAGUACUUGAGGACCAGUACACAGUUAUUAACUUGGAGACCAUGCUUCAUGUUGAAGUGCAAAUGCCAGUGAAAUAUUGCAUUCUAGACAAACUUAGCAGGAACAAGAUGAGGACUAUUUUCAGUAUGGUCUUUUCAUUCAGAACUAGGUUUGUGUAAAGAGUACCUUGUUUCAAAUUUAAAAAAAAAAAAAGAAGUUUUCUUUAUGUUCAGGGUGGCAAUGUUUUAACUAUGAAAGUUUAACCUCUGUACAUGAACUGUAUCCUGUGAAUGUAGGUUAGCAGUGUGCAGUAAUUGUGUGUAGCUCUCUGUGUAUGUACAUACAUGUCAAUCAGUAGCUUAUAGCUGUAAAUAGGAGGUUGCUGAAUACUUUUAGCAAGCUUUCUGGCACACCUUACCAGAUCAGUGGGUUAACAGAUUACUUGUAUAUUUUGAGACAUUUCAUGCCUUGAGUAGUUUCAGAGUUUAAAUGAAUACUCAGUGUGAAGUGUUAAAUUCUUCCUUGGACCAAUGUUGAAAUGAGUGGAAACAGAGGCCUUACUGAGCAGGAGUCUACAGUCCAUCACAACCCUGGACUCCACGACAGGUCAUUUUAAAGUCUUUGCUGAAUUUCCCCAUACAGGGCAUGGGACUGAGAAGAACUCUCCACAGGUCUGAUGUUUUAGUGUAAAGUGAGGAUAUGUAGUAUCCUCCUGGUGCUUCAGUAAAAAGUGAGGAUAGGUCAUCGUUUCCUCUUUCUCACUCGCCUACCUCACAGGGCUGUUGUGAGGACUCAUUAAACAAACACAACUCUG